AUGGGAGGGACGGCUCGGCACAGCCCGGACGAUUGCUGCUUUCUGCACGCAGAAGCAGCCAAGCCGAGGAAGAAGAGCUGCCCCAGGUACCAGCUCUGUGGACUGCUCUUCAGCCUGCUGCUCCUUUCUCUUAUUCUGAUAUUUUUUGGUGUCAAAUACCUCUGGAACCCAGCACCCAGAAAAGUUUAUGACAUGGAACACACGUUCUUCAGCAAUGGUGAGAAGAAGAAGAUUGUGAUGGAGAUUGACCCUCUGGCCAGGACAGAGACCUUCAGCAGUGGGAAUGGCAGUGAGGAGAUCCUGGAGAUCCAUGACUUCAAAAACGGAAUAACCGGCAUCUUCUUUGUGGGACUUCAAAAAUGUUUCAUCAAAACUCAGACUAAAGUCCUGCCCGAGACAACAGAGGCCAAGAUCCCUGAGCUUGAGGGACAAGAGAUCACCACCACCUACUUUGAGCAGUCUGUGGUCUGGGUGCCUGGGGAAAAGCCCAUUCAGAACAAGGAAUUCCUGAAGAGCUCCAAAAUUUUUGAUAUCUGCAAAAAUGUGACCAUCUUCUGGAUCCACCCCACGCCAAUAGCAGCUCCUGAGCUGGCCAACCUUGAAGGGGCAGUAGAAGAAGAAGACCCUGGGCUGCUGAUAGACAACCAGAGCUGGUUGGACGGCGGGAGUGAACAGGAGCUGGAGAAGGACCCACAGGGGGGACCCAAGCGUCGGGCACGGCAGCUCACCGAGGAGGACCUGCCCGUCAAUGACUACUCGGAGAACGGGCUGGAGUUCCACCCUCUGUGGGAUGAGCGAGGUUACUGCUGUGCCCAGUGCCGCCGUGCCAACCGCUACUGCCGGCGCGUCUGCGAGCCCCUGCUGGGCUACUACCCCUACCCCUACUGCUACCAGGGCGGCAGGGUCAUCUGCCGCAUCAUCAUGCCCUGCAACUGGUGGAUCGCGAGGAUGCUGGGCAGGGUGUAG